CUCGGUGAAGGGGAGAGGAGUUAUUAAGAUCUUACAACGAAACUUGAAAACCCCCCACCAAAGAACUUGUCUGAUGUACCUACUUUAAAAUUCCCAUCUGCAAGACCUCUUUCUAAAUACCCAGUACUCACGUCACUAUUGUCAGCACAUCUGCCAAGGACUUAUUACCAAAAUGUCACCUCCAGCUAUUAUUGCUCCAUCCAUUUUAUCUGCAGAUUUUGCAAAAUUAGGGAAAGAAUGCUCUGAUACAAUCGGCCAAGGAGCAGAUUGGCUCCAUGUACUUCAUUUCCAAUCCGUAACGACGAGCUUAUGCUAACCACUGGUUAUUGACCUGUAGGUUGAUAUUAUGGAUGGACACUUUGUGCCAAACAUUACUUUUGGAGCUCCUGUCGUUACCAAAAUUAGAAGCCAUGUCGAUCGACCAACAGCUAAACAUGGAAAGGGAACAUUCGAUUGCCAUAUGAUGAUUGCUGAGCCAAAAAAAUGGGUAAAGGAAUUUCAACAGGCCGGAUGUGAUCUCUACUGCUUUCACUAUGAAGCUGCAAUCUCAAGCACUGCGGCGGAAAGUCCGGAAACCACAAGCGAUUCGAAAACAAAUCCAAAGGAAUUAAUAAGAUAUAUUCAUGAUAAUGGAAUGUUGGCAGGAAUAGCAAUUAAACCAGAUACGAAAGUUGAUGUGCUAUGGGAUAUCCUCGAGAACACUGAGGAGAAAGAAAGACCAGAUGUGAGCGCGUUCAUGGCACGAAAAUAAUAGAAUGAGACACUGAUAAUUAUAGAUGGUAUUGGUAAUGACGGUUCACCCUGGAUUUGGAGGACAAAAGUUUAUGGCAUCAGAAUUGCCAAAGGUCGCCGAACUUAGAAAACGUUACCCAGAUCUCAAUAUUGAAGUUGAUGGCGGAUUGGGACCUGGAACAAUUGAUCAAGCCGCAGAUGCUGGAGCAAAUGUAAUUGUUGCAGGUAGUGCUGUUUUCGGAGCCAAAGACCCAUCUGACGUUAUUGCCAAGCUUCGAGAGGCUGUUGACAGCAGAAGAGGAAAGUUGUAAAUUACAAUGCAAGGUGAUAUAAGUCUUACAAGUUCGUAUACGGCGGAAACAACGGGAUGCUGGCGGAUGUCUACGGUAAAAAUUAAGCCAAAAGCUUUAAAGUAAGCGGAUAUGAUAUGCACAUAGAAAAUUUCAGUUAGAUUUCCGCCACGUAUCCGCCCAAUGUAACGUCGGCAAUGCCAAUCACUUCGGCUUCGAAGAAAGGGAGUUGGAGAGGAUGACUUCACCGUCAAAUACCAGCUUUGAACAUCCGCUUGAAGGAUAAGCUUAGAGAUUCCGAGAGUUCACCGGGUAUUGCUCGUCAUUAUUGGUGGGAUGAGUCGAGUUGUCUCUUUUAGCGUCUGGACCCGAGCACAUUGGAUAGCGGGAUGUGCCAUAAUCAAAAUUGCGGGGUGAACGGUUUUAAUAGUCGGCACUUUUGAAGACUUCAGUUAGGUACCUAUAAUU